CUCUCGCGAGAGUUGGGUGCGCGGAAGCGGCGUGGCGCACGGGGUUGUGUCGUGCUGUGCCGUCGUUUGCUGUACUGUGCUUGAAAGUUCGUGCCGGCUGCAGCAGGAUGCCGAGUGCCGCCGGUCGCGGUCAGGGCCAGGACCGCCGCCCGGAGAGCGACGAGUCGUCGGCUGAUGAUUAUGCAAAGGAAAGAUAUGGAGUGUCCUCAAUGAUACAAUCUCAAGAGAAACCAGAUAGAGUUUUGAUUCAAAUAAAAGACUUGACAGUGGAGAAGGCUGAUGAAAUAGUUUGGGUUCGCGGCAGAAUUCAUACAAGCAGAGCUAAAGGGAAGCAGUGCUUCUUAGUCCUGCGUCAGCAGCAGUUUAAUAUCCAGGCUCUUGUGGCUGUGGGACAGCAUGCAAGCAAGCAGAUGGUAAAGUUUGCUGCCAACAUCAACAAAGAGAGCAUUGUGGAUGUAGAAGGCGUUGUGAGGAAAGCACAUCAGAAAAUUGGAGGUUGUACUCAGCAAGAUGUUGAGCUUCACGUUCAAAGGAUCUAUGUGAUCAGUUUAGCUGAACCCCGACUGCCCUUACAGCUGGAUGAUGCUGUUCGGCCAGAAGUGGAAGGAGAGGAGGAUGGAAGAGCUACUGUAAACCAAGAUACAAGACUGGACAACAGAGUCAUUGAUCUGAGGACCUGUACCAGUCAGGCAAUCUUCUGCCUCCAGUCUGGAAUUUGUCAGCUUUUCCGAGAAACUCUUAUUCGCAAGGGAUUUGUGGAAAUUCAGACUCCCAAAAUCAUUUCAGCUGCCAGUGAAGGAGGAGCCAAUGUGUUUACUGUAUCGUACUUCAAAAGCAGUGCCUACCUGGCUCAGUCUCCACAGCUGUACAAGCAGAUGUGUAUAUGUGCUGACUUUGAAAAGGUGUUUUGCGUUGGGCCAGUAUUUAGAGCUGAGGACUCCAAUACACACAGACACCUGACUGAGUUUGUUGGUCUGGAUAUUGAAAUGGCUUUUAACUAUCACUAUCAUGAAGUGGUAGAUGAGAUUGCAGAUACCUUGGUGCAGAUAUUCAAGGGACUUCAGGAAAGAUUCCAAACUGAAAUUCAGACUGUGAACAAACAGUUCCCCUGUGAGCCAUUUAAGUUUUUGGAGCCAACUCUGAGGCUGGAAUACCGUGAAGCUGUGGCCAUGCUUAGGGAGGCUGGUAUUGAGAUGGGUGAUGAAGAAGAUCUGAGCACACCGAAUGAAAAGCUCCUGGGACGCCUGGUAAAGGAAAAGUAUGACACGGACUUCUAUAUUCUUGACAAAUAUCCUCUUGCUGUGAGGCCUUUUUAUACAAUGCCAGACCCAGUAAAUCCUAAAAACUCUAACUCUUAUGAUAUGUUCAUGAGAGGGGAAGAGAUCUUGUCUGGAGCACAGAGAAUUCACGAUCCUCAGCUGCUGACAGAAAGAGCCCAGCAUCAUGGCAUUGAUUUGGAGAAAAUAAAGGCUUAUAUUGAUUCCUUUCGUUUUGGUGCACCUCCACAUGCAGGUGGUGGAAUAGGGCUGGAAAGAGUAACUAUGCUGUACCUAGGGCUGCAUAAUGUUCGCCAGACCUCCAUGUUUCCACGGGAUCCCAAACGACUGACACCGUAACAUGAGCUGCUUUUGAAAGUUUGAGAUGAUUUGCCCUGCAGAUACAAUACAAUUGAAAGUAUUUCCGCUGCUACUAAUGAACCUGUACUGAUUUGAGUAUUGUAAUACACAAUAAAGAAAAAAAAAAAUAUCUCAUUUCCUGAAGUGCUACACUAUUCUUUUUUUAUCCUUACCUCUUUAUUUAAAAGAUACUAUUCGAACAGAUCAGGACUUUUUGUAUUGGAAACUGUGCAUUGAUUUGAGCAUUUGAUUUGAGCAUUGUACUAUCCAAUUUAAAAAAAAUAAUUAAA